UCACCCGGCGAUACCACGACAGACACAUACCCAAAGCCUACAAGCAUUUAUUUUGGUUAAAGAUUAAACAUUUCGAGAGCCGUACCGAAACGUCAUUCUCUGUCAAAACUGAUAAACGGAUACCUUCUCCACUUUUAUAUCGGCUCUUUUUUUAGCGACUGUUUUUAACGCCUCAAAAGUCAGUGAAGGAAAUAGCAACUCAAUUUCAGCGACAACCACAUUCCGAGAAAAGAAACAACUAGUAGCUAAGAAAAAAAAAUCCCGUCAUACGAGGGGAUUUUGGAGAAAGGAAGUUAACUACACUGACGUGGUUUCCAUACCAGUCUCGAUUCUGUAGUCUUCUUCUUCUUCUUUUUUUCUUUUUUUUUAAACAACUGUUCAAAGAAUCUAUGUCUCUUGUCUCGGAAACAGGAUAAGAAGCAUACAACUAUGACUAUUCUUGGUUUACCUCUUUGAAUCAGCACACAGUUGCAAACCGCGACAUUGAUUCAUCAUAUUCAGAGAGAUAAAAGAUACCUUUCAAUUUAUUUGGCAGAAGUUCAUCAGUCACGAUGAGGCAAAUAGCCUCAGCCACUGCCAAAGAUAUUACAUUCAUCAAGGAGAUACAUUUCACAGAUUAAAGUGCUUAGGAAAUCCAGUGGGAAGUAAUGCAAUGAAGUGGACACAAUGAAUGAGCUUACGCUGCUGCUUGCGCUUUGUCUGUGCACACUCAUUCAGUUCAGUCAUGCCAGUCAAAAUCUGCAGUGCUUCAGCGACUAUGUCAACAAUGUCACGUGCGUGUGGAACAGAUCCUGUGACGGGAAUGGACAGUGCGUUGAACCCCACGACGUCUGCAGGCUUACUGGCGUUCAUCAGGGCCGCAGAAAAACCCCAGUACAUUGUGAGCUGAAAAGCUUUGAUGAUUCCAGUCCAACCUUACAAAUAUGCUCCAUUGGUUUCAAUAAAAUAUCGAUUGGUCUUCUUACAAAGUUUAAUCUUGAGGUAAAGUGCGGGAACAACACUGAACCUGUUGACCAAUUCAAUGAAUUUGCACCGAGCAAACAUGUAAAAAUGCAUCCCCCUACAAGGCCAGAGGUGGCCCAAGCUAAUAUCUCAUGGGACCCGGGGUCUCCUCACUCUCCGUUCAUCGAUAAGUACGACUUUCAGCUGCAGUACAGGCAGGCGGACCAACGCUGGGAGGAUGUAAAGAGCAUUGACGUUCGUAACGAAAUGACAAGGGUUGAACUGGACCAAGAAAAAUUAGUUCUUGGAGCUCAGUAUUUUGCCAGGGUGAGGAUCAGGUGCUCUCAGUUUGAUAACUGUCUCUGGAGUGACUGGAGUCCCAUCACCAACUGGACCUCCACUGUGGGCAGAACAUCUACAUUUCCAGAUUUGAUACUGGGCCUGUGUACAACUCUACCUGGACUAGCUAUUGUAAUUGUGGUGUUUCUUAUCCUCUUCAAAUGUGGCUGGGUCCAAAAGCUCAAACAUCCGUGUGUACCAGAUCCAUCCAGUUACUUUGAUGAGCUUUACUCUUUUCACAGGGGCAGUUUUAAGUCCUGGCUUGGAUUUUCAAUCCCUGAAAAUUUUACCUUGAGCCAGUCUGAAGAUAUAUCCCCAGUUAAAGUCCAAACAACUCAAGAGAUUUGUAAACUUCUCAAGUGUGACCAUGUUAGCAGCGACCAGCAACAGCAUUUGGACACCAGUGUACAUUCCUCCAACUUCUCCAACUCUGUCUAUUUCCUCACUCAAAUUCCAAAGUUGGAACCCUGCUCUCCGCUCUCCCCUUAUCAGCCCUCUAAGGAACAGAGCAGCGGCGAGAGUGGGCUUCAUGGGAGUGGCGGAAAUAGCAUUGGCAGUCACUUCAACCAUCUUGAGAUGAGUUCAUCUUAUGAACAACUACAGCAGCUGCGCGGCAAAAUGCAAAGCCCGGAUUCGGGCUUCACAGGGGGUAGCGAAGAUCAAGACAGUCGAGAAGUCUCGGAUUUUGAUGACGAGUCUUUUCAUGGCCCCUCUAGCCCUCCGGUAAUAGGUAACAUGAUUCUGACUCACACUGCAGUUUGUUGCCCUAGCCUGUGGCACCCUCAUCUGUCUGGCUUGUCUGGUGGGCCCUUUGACUUUCAUAGCUUUGAACCUGGCCAGAUUCACGGUGGCACCUUGCAGGGGAACCUACUACAAGACGCCUCCUCUGGGAUAAUAGAGCCGUCUUGCGAUGAUUACAUGCCUGCGAAGCAGGUGGAGAAAGAAGUGGUUACGUAGCUGGUGACUGUCCCCAUACCAAUCCUUCUGACUUCUCCACUGACAUCAGUUUUAUAGCUUCUCACGAUUAGUAGAGUGUAUAACUAAACAGAAUGGAGAUCAAAGUCUCAUGGCGACCUAAUUUUGAAUGGAAAAAUAUGGGAGCCUGUGCAAAAAAUGGUUUUGCAAGACAGAACUUACAUUUUAAGAAGUUCUGAAGCUGCGUCUACCAAGUCAGAUUUGAUUAUCUCAACUAGUAGAAGUGUUCUUGAUCAGUCAGGGAAAUGAAAAUGACCUCAGCCUGUUUGUCAGCUUUGGCUCGACCAGACAAGUAAUGCAGUUUAGCCAACAGCGUUGCGAAUGAAAAGGCACAGUUUAACUCUGACUUGGCAACUGCUGACAAAAUGGAUCAGUACAUAUGGGAAAAAAAUUCUGAAGCUCAAAACUUUUAUAAUCCGUUAAGAAUCACAUAUAGGCCAUUAAAUAUUGAACAAAUGGGAAUGUUCUCAGUUUCUGCCUUAUCCUGUUAACCCCUUUGUCAAAGACACAAGUAAAUGGUUUACCUCUUGUUCUGAGAAGAUGGAGAAAAACAUUAACUUGAAUAUAGUGUCCAUUGCUGAUAUGGCCAGGAACUUAGUUUGUAUGCAGUGAAAUUGAGUUAUGUUGAUUACAAAUAUCUAGUGUGGUCCAAUAUUUUUCCCAUGGUAUUUACUGACAUGACCAGCUAAGUUGGAUUACUUUUUACUGACUUUCCAUACUUUUACCAACGCAUGUUUUACUAUGAAAAAAAAAAAACACCUCCAAAACCAACCAACCAAACAAACAAGGAAAAUCCUUAACCUUGUGGUGCAGAGCUGCCCUGUUUGAUUUUGUCUUUAGGCUAUAUAUUUGACUUUAAGGCUAUAAAUAUGAGCAAUACUGCUCACAGAGAGCCUUGAGAGAGUGGCACAUGUCUCUCCGCUGGUGUCAGUACUGAUCAGUGACCACAUCUUGAUGGAGAUUAGUCGAGUCUGUAACUUGCAGCUCCAGGAACUUCUUUUCCAGUUGAUUGAGGUUCAGUAUCACUCGAACAAACAGUCUUUCUGUAAAUUGACGGACAAUUGGUUCUGAGGACUUUGUGAGUUACUCCUGGUGAUGGAGGGAAAACAAAGACCAGUCAGGUACCUGUGUGGACUGUGGCCUUGUGUAAAAGACUGGAAAUGAACUGGGACUGAAUCUAUUUAUCUUUUUAUUUAUGUAGCCAAGUGAUAAAAGACAUACUUGUAUAUAUAUAUAUGUAAUCUCACUUUAAGAAUAGGUGCUACCCCUUUAAGUGAGAGACCCUAAUUAUGAUGCGCUUCCUACGCACCACGUCUUGGAUAAAAAAAUUGCAACUUGCGUUCUGGGCUGGCAGCGUUGUUCAAAGAAUUCUGGUUCAGUAUGCUCGCACAUGCACUGGAAUAAGUCCACUGCCGUAUUUUAUUUUGGGCACAAUUGAAUUUUCUUUUGGAAGAUUUGUGUUCUGCCGGGAAAAUAAUUCUAUCUAGAGUCUAUUCUCCCAUCGACCGCUGGGCUCAACGAGUAGCCUCAGCAAUCAGAAUGAAGACCCCUAAAAAACAUAUUUUUGUGUCCUGCGUUGUUCAGCGUAAUACAGCCCACCACAUAUAUUUUCAACCUAUGCCUUUAACAUGUCUUAUGGACCUUUGUAAUUACCCUGACUUGAUGAUGUUGGUAUGAUGCUUUUUUUGUGUAUUUGGACUUUGUGAUUGUUGAAUUAAAAAAAGACAAGAGGUUGUCAUUCUGUUGACGUUCUGGUGAAGCAUAAUGGGUUUCACUGCUAACAUGGAAUUCUAACCAGGCAAAACCAGGGAAAAACAGGACCCUCGACCUAUUACUAUGCAGUUCACCAUGUAUGUGUACGGGCAUAUAACCGAUGAGCAAGCACGUUGACAAUCACCAGAGUGACCCCAGCCACUGCCGUCGGAUUCCAGGAAGUUCUGAGGGGUAGAACGUGACAUCAGAUAGAGAACAUGAGAACUUAUUAAAAAGACUCAGCCGUAUAAAGGGGAUCAUUUCAAAAGUUAUGCAGUGUUCACUGUCAGAAAAACUCUCUCUGUGACCUGAUACUUGCAUUCAGCUGAGUUUUACAAAAGGGUGUAUUCCGAUCAUCUUAAAAUACUGUUGGUUUUUUUGGAUGGAGGGAAACAUUAUUUGGCACAGUUGAGAUGCAAUUUCAACUUUAAUGAAUUGAUUAUCUGUUUGUAAUUUGUGUCUCUUUUUGUUUUUACAUAACUUCCUGAAAAUUCUUAGUGUUUUACAGUGAAUGUAAGAGUACUCAAGAAUAUCAACACAAGGAAAUCUUUUUAAAUGUUGUAAAUCUGGGUAUUCUAAUGUUUAAUAUGUUUAGAAUCUAAACGAAUGUCCCAAUCAAUGGUGAGAUCAAGUUAAAGCUUGUUGACAAAAUCUACAUUAGACUAUUGGUUGAUAUCUAAUUUAAUCUAUGACAAUAAUAUUGAAUUAGCUGCAUCUCUGUUGAUUGACCAUAAAGGUGUCAUACUGAAGUUUGGCUGUUUAUCACAUGCUACAACACUUAAAUCUACAAAUUGGAAAUAGUAUCCAUUAGUACCCAGUUCAGUGUUACAUUUAAACCUUUGAACUUCUUCAAUGGUAAAGUGGUGUCAGUGUAUCCUUAAUAUAUCUCAGUAUAUCAUAACAUCAAAGGUGUAAAGUUACUGGCAUGAUAUUUUUUUCUUUACAGAUAAAAUCUGUAUUUAUUUCAAUAUCCUGACAGUAUUUCUUUCUUCAUGUGAAGAGACAUUGCUUAGGUUUGUUGAAUUACUGAAUGAUUUUUACUAUGCAAAGAUAAAAAAAAAAAAAAAAUGCAGCAAACCAGACACAUACUUUAAAUGGGAUGUUAUUAUUAUUGUUGUGUAUAUUCAGUGGAAAUAAUACAGUAAUGCUGAAUGUGUGUAAAUAAGCAAACAUUAGAAUGCUGCACGAAUUUCAGGUUUUACAGUUCAUUUUCAUUCAUUUUGGCAGCUGUCGCCACUAUGCUUUCUGUCCUGUAAUGUGUGUUUUAUAAGCUGCUAAUCUAUA